AUGGGCGAUGUUGAAAUGAAGGAUGUCAAGGAAGAGGUUUGGCUUUUUGCUCAUUUUCAUAAAAUUUUAUGAGAUUUAUUCUGAAAAUAAUGAUAAACUGGAUUUCGUGGUCAUUUGUUAGGGGUUUUUUUCUUUUCAAAUAAAAAAACAGGAAAUUAUUAGCAUCAAAAAAAGAAAAAAAUUAGCAAAACAUAUCAAUUUUUUUCCUUUUUCUUGACAAUACGGUUUCACUUCCUCUAUUUAAAAAAAUGUAAUUCCUGCUGAGAUUCUAGCAACUUAUAUGAAAAAAACCAUAUUGUGGGACUUUAUAAAAAUGAAAUGCUUUUUCGAAGAAAAAAAUGAAAAUAUCUGAACUUUUUUUAUAAAAAAAUAAAUGUUCGGAUUAUUUCUUCUGUUGAAAAAAACUGUCUAAUGAUAGAGUAGAAUCGUACCAAUUUUGAGUAAAAAAAUUGAGCCGAAAAUUUUUUUGUUCGUAAAACUUACCUUUUUUUCAAUCAAUUUUUCUGAAUUUCUAAAAAUGAUUCUGAGAAAAAAACUAUAUUCUAAUAUUUUUGUAUAAAAAAUUGAGACGGUAUCAAACAGAUGGAAAAUUUGAUUUUUGCCUAAAAUUUUUCUGACAAGACUCUUCAUUUUGAAUAAUUUUAAAACUCGGGCAAAGUCGGAAAAAAAUUGAUAAUGGUCGCUAAAAAGGAGAGGCUCAAAAAGGCCGCAGAAAGGCAGCAAAAAAAUAUUCCCUUUAUCGAGCCUUCCAUUUUCUGGGACUUAAAGGCUCUAGAAAUAUUUUUCCACCCUUUUCGACCGAAUAUCGCCUCAAGCCUUUUUUUUGCUGUCUUUUUGCAGUUUUCAAGAGUAAAAUCAAAAAAUAAAAACGUUUACGGUAACUUUUUGAUGCUGUGCUUAAAAAAACCGGACCGUCUCGAGCCAAUCCACUACUAUUUUCAGGAACGACACGAAAGUCCGCCACUUGGUCCAAUCGACCCGUCGCGGAUCACAAAUGUCCUGGCGGAUCAGUCGGGUUUCGUCGUUCCAGGACCUCCUUCUCAGGUUGAAAAUCAACUGGAAAAUAAAUAGGAUAAUUUUUGUAGCAAUGGCAAAGGACGCCAGGAAUGAGCCCCGCCAUUGGGACAGGUAAAAAUGAUUUUUUUUUUGAAGUUUUUUCAGUGUCACUUUGUAGGAAAAGGUUCAAAGAUUCAGAAUGUUUUUUGAGUGUUCUAAAAGAUUUUAAUUAGUUUAUCUUUCAUAAAAAAAAUUUGUCGACUUGCUUCGAAAUCCAAAAAAUUCCUUCAGAAAUGUGUUGGAUUUUAGACUAUUCAGAACUAUGAAUUUGAGUUUGAAAAGCACAGUUUUUGCUUAAAAUCGGUUUUCUCACUAACCUUGUCACUUUAAUGCCCUAAUUUUAUCAAGUUUGUAAGCCAAGAUUUUUAAAAUUCACCUGGAAGAUUGAUAAAUGGCUGCAUUGGAUACAUUCUCUUUUAAACUAAGGAUCAGUUUUUGGAAAAUUAUUUGAGUCGAUAGUGAACAUAUAAUAAGUUAAUAUAAUAAGUUAAAAAAAUCAACUUUUGAAGGCCAUUCGUACUGAUAAUGAGUUUUUUUCAAGCGAAUUGGUUGAAAUUCUUCAAGGUUAUGUAUCAAAACAGCUUAAAAAAACAACAUUUUUUUGCUGAUUUCAAGCUUUCAAAUGUUGAAAAAAACAUCUUUUGGUAUGUUAAUCGAAAUUAAAGCGAACUAGUAACUUGAAAUAAAAUUACAAACACAUUAAAAAAAUAUGUUGAAAAAAAAUUUUUUGAUUGAAAAUAUGUACCAAAAAGUAAAGUUUUUAUUUGAACAUGAAAAUCUUACUUUUUUUAACCGUUCCUGAAAUUUAACACCCUGUUUUUCAAUUGGUAAACUGCCUUUCUAGCUGAAAAUAAAAUUUGAAAGCUCCUUUUUAAAAUGAAGGAUCUAUUUUUUUACAUAGAAUGACAGGUCAAGAAUUUUUUUAAAUACUUUUUCAAGCUGAUAUUCAACUUCAUGAAUUGAGUAAAAAAAUUGCGAUUUUUUUCGCUAGUUUCUAGCUUCACAAUGUUUAGAAAAGCUUAACUCGGUAUGAAAAGCGAACGAGAAGCUCAAGUAAAAUCAAAAAUACAGAUCUCUAGGUAGAAAAAGCCCACGAAACCCUCUAAAGCUGAGUGAGUUCUGAAGUUCAACUUGAGAACCAUUACUUAUCUAAAAAGCUUGAUAAUUCUCUUGAUAAAAAUCGGAAAAGCAUUACCAAGAUACCAAAAAGAAAAAAAAAACAAUUCGAACGGUCAAAGAUUAUCAAUUGACCCUUCCGCGUUGCGAAUUGGGACUGAAGUGUGAUAGAGAUAGCGUCCAUAUCGAUUUAUCAGUUAUUGUCAAUCAGUUCCACUUCCUCUCCGUGUAAUUAUUAUCUAUUUUAUCACCUGAUUUAUUGCUUCAAACCAGAGAAAAUGCAUGCGAGAUGUAAGGAUUUGCAAUUUUCUCUGUUCAAAACUAUCUAGAAAUGCGUUUACCUUUUCAAACCGGCAUUGAAACGUCUAUUCAGCUCGGGACCUUUUCUGAAACCUGCUAAUGCUCCUUUAAACAUCUCAGCAAAUUUUGGAUGAGCUAUAAUGGACAAUUAGAGAAAAAUGGGUUUUCCAAAUUUUUUCCUGUUAAAAAACUUUUUUCCGAGGUGAACGGCUUAGAAAAAUAGCACUCAAACGUAUCAUAAGCUCGAGACCUUUUUUGAAAUCGGUUCAUGCGCCUUUAAACACCUUAGCAAUUUUUGGAUAGGCUAUAAGGAAAAUUAGAGGGAAACGGGGUUUUCACAUUGUUUCCUGCUAGAAACUUUUUUUCGAGGUGUUCUGCUUACCAAAAAAUUGCACUCAAACGUAUCAUAAGCUCGAGACCUUUUUUGAAAUCGGUUCAUGCGCCUUUAAACACCUUAGCAAGUUUUGGCUAGGCUAUAAUGGAAAAUUGAAGUGAAAUCGGUUGAAGAGAUUUUUGUUAUUAUUAUCCGAUUUAUUGCUUCAAGCAAAGGAAAAAUAUAUGGAAGAAGCGAGAAUUCACAAUUUUUUAUAUUCAAAACCUUUUGCUGGGGUGUUUUUCAUAGAUAGCUCUAAAAUGGCUUAGGGUCUUUUUUGAACUCUGUACAUGCGCCUUUAAACACAUCAGCAAAUUUUUUUGGAUAGGCUAUAAUGAAAAACCAAUGUAAAAUUGGUUGAAGGGAUCGAUGCGACAGGCUCGAAUACGCCCGGAAGCCAGAGAAGCUCAACCGGGACACCAAAUCAUCCACCUCUCGGCCCUCAUUCAGGUAGUUGAAGUGAAAUGUUUGACAAAAUUUCAAAAAUGAAGAGAUUUUUCUGAUUUUUACGGAGUUUUAACAAUAAAUAUCCCUGAGACGAAAAAUUUUCAUUUCCAUCGUUUAAAGCUCAACCAAUGACGCCGAGCGGGAGUGGAACUCCGGCGGGAACUCCUGGCUCAGGUGGUCCAGCUCCGUUUGAAUAUCCGCCAGGCUCCAUACCCCAACAUCAGAUACCGCCGUAUCCUGGUCCCGCUGGUAGAAAUUACUUUUUCUCUAUUGAAGAUCGAAUUUGAACUAUAACUAUACAUGGAUAGAUCAAUAAAAGGACACAAGGAAAAAAAUAUUCUUUAUUUUUGAUGGGCAGACCGUUUUUUAAGAUCCCUCCUAAAUAUUCUCAAUUAACGGAAAUACUACAACUUUAAACUAAAUAAAGCCUUUAUAACUUUUGUCAAGAUUUUUGGUACUUAAUCCCUUCUCAUGAAUCUUCUUAAGUUUAAAUUUAAAAAAAAACUUCCUUCUUGAAAUGAAAACUUGCUUUUAAACCUUUUUUGAAACUUUUUGGAAGUCUUAAUUUUUCCAACACUACCUCCUGAGCUUAAAAUUCGUCUUCAUACCUUUUUCUCAAGAUUUUUUUCGCGUUUUCUCUAUUUUUUUCUCAAACCCCUCAAAAGAGCAAUUUUUUUACCGCCUAGCCAUCUGACAAAAAAAGUCGAUAAAUAUUGAUUUUUUGAUCUUUCUUUCUGAAAAUUCGAAUUUGAAUCAUAAAAAUACAUGGGUAGAUCCAUUUCAAAGGCUCCUCUUCCAUUUUUUCCCAAAAAAUGGUCCAAACUUACUAAAUUAACGGCACUAGUACCUCGUAAAGUUAAAACUUAUUUUUUUGCUUUUUGAAUACACAAACUUCCUGAGCUCAAAACUUAGUUUUAAAUCGUAAUUUUUGAGCUUUUUUGAAAUUUUACCCCUUCUCCUGGCAGGGAAGGUCAUUUUACUUUGCGGUUUUCUUGAAAAUUUGUCAGAACACUCCUUGAUGUACCAGAAGAAGAUUCUGAAAGUCUCAACCUGCACAACUUCCUAGUUCUCAAGCAAAUAGGGUCUAAAGCCCCAAAAGUGCUCAUUUUAAUGGAUUCUGAGCUUUUUCUUUGAACCUACAGCGUAUUUUCUCAAAAAGUAGAAAGUUGUGCAGGUUAAUGCUUUCAGAAUCUGUUCCUGGUACGUCAAGAAGUUUCUAACAAAUUUUCAGGAAAAUCCUAACCGAAAAGUAAAAUGACCUUCCUUGUCAGCCCUAUGCUUGCUGAACCAAAUUUUCACGAAAAAAAUUUCAAAAAAAUCAUUUUUAAGGCCCAAUGCACCUGCAACAGCAAGCUUCCCAGUCGCCAGGCGUUUAUCGGCCCGUUAUGGUGAUUUUUUUGAUCGAGACAUUUUUCAAAAUAAUGUUUUGAGAUGAUGCCCGGACAGCCAAUGAUGCAUCAACAGUACCCGCCAAAUUACGUUCAAUGGCAGCAACAGCAACAGGUUAGAAUUAAAGAUUAUUACAGUUUUUGAAAAAGGUGAAAAAGGGAAAAAAUUAUCUGUGUUGUUUUUUGUAUGGUUUGCGCACAGUUAGCAAAAAAAGAAACAGGGACGUUUUUCGAAAUUUAAUUCCUUUAUAAAAACAAUAUAAAAAAAUAUAAUUAAACCUUAUAUGUUUCUUGUAGCAGGAUAUAGAAAUAUAAAAAGUUCAAUUUAGAAAAAGCUCAGAAAUGUUUGCCGAAAGGUUAGGGGAAUGUGCGCUCCAUUGACAGAAACCGCGAAUUUUUAAUUUUCGUCAAGUUUUUUUCAAAACUUUUUCUUUAAUAUUAUUUUUUUCUAUUCUUUUUUGAAGUUUACAACUUUUUCAAGUCUUUGUAGUUUUUUUCUGCGGCUCUCAAGUGGAAUUUGUUUCUUUGGAAAUUUAAGCGGUUUUGAAUGAUUUCAACUUUUUCUCCUUUUUUUCGUCCUUCAGACUUUUCUAGCAGCUCUUGUGGAGAAAGCGAGUUCAUACAUCAAUUUGAAAAUUAGAUUUUUUUCGUUAAAAAGCUUAUUUUUUUAUGAAAAUAAAAGUCAAUCUGGAUAUUAUUGAACGGUAUUUGCCAUUUGAAUAAAUUUGAAAACAAAAUUUUUCAACGCUAAUAAAAAAUACGAUAAGAGAUUUAGGGAAAAGAGAAUCAGAUUGAAGAAGUCACUAAAGAAUACUAACUAAAUACUAGUAAGCAUUCCUAGAGGGAACCCUUGAUUAUGAUUCAUAUUAUUUUUAAACGCGACAUAAGAAUGAAUGCUCUUCAUGAGAAGUUCGUUUUUUAAACCUAUUAAACUUGGUUAAUGAGAAAUGGGAAACUAGUUCAUAUUAAAUUGAAUCAACAUAAGUUUGUUCGUUUUUAAUACAUAAAAUAUUCUCUGAGAGCCAAGUCCUCCUCCAAGAAAAAGCUAAAUAAGGCAGAAUAGAAAAAAAGAAAGUAUAUAAAAGAUGGAUGGAAUUCAUAGAUAGUUACAAUCGAAAUUUUUUUCAGAUGCAACAAGCACAUUUCGCACGGCAAGGCGGUCAAAGAGUCAUGAUUGCGCCCGGAGGACAACAGAGGCUUCCAGUACCCUAUCCACCUGGUGAGUGGAUUUUAAAAGCAUUUUUUCAUCCACCGAGAUGGGCGGAACAGAGUUAUUGAAUUGCGGAAGGGGGAAGGAAUAUUUCUCAUUUGGAACACCGAACGGUGAAAAAAAUGAAGCAAAAUUUUUUUGAUUUUUAAAGAGGGAAUUUGUGUAAUAGAACAGAGGUUUGAACUGUACAAAUUGAAAAAAAUAAUCAAAGAAUAUUUUUUUGAGAAGUCAUAUCAACAAAAAAACUCGUAAUGCGGAAAAAAAUAUUAUUUUACGAAGCGCGAUUUCCAAUCCAUAUAAAAAAAUUAAGCAAAUGUCAGGGGAACAUUUAUGGAAGACCGUUGUGACGGAAGAAAAAUGACACGAAGUAAAGGAAUCAACAAAUUUCAAAACUAUGGUUUUGUGAACCCUUUUCAGUUUUUCAUGUGUAAAAAAAUUCCUGAUACCUCGAAGAAAAAAAUACUUUUAAUGGUUUUUCGAAUGAUAAAAACUAAAAAACUGAAAAAGGCGAUUUUUGUCCAAAAAUCUUAUUGGCUAAAUUUUUUCUGAAAGGAUGGACUGCAUUUUUAGAAAAUAACUCAAAGAAGUUUAAAUUUAAUUUUUAUAAAAUAGUAAAAAUUGACCAGAUUGGAUAGAGGAACGAAAUGCGAGAUUUUUGUGGAAAAAAAUUGUUUAAUAAUCUUUUUCACAAAUAUUUUUCUUUUUCGAAAAAAAGUAAAUAACUUGACUUUCAAUGAAAAAAAUGAAGUAUAUUUUUAAUUCUAACAAAAAAAGACCUCAAAAAAAGUUUUUGAAAAAAAGUUUUACAAUUUGAAAGGGGAAACCUUUAAAAAGUAGACGGGGAAUUUGUUCCAUAUUAAUAAAUCUUUGGAGAAAAAAACGUUACCAUUUUUUUGUCAGCUAUAAUGUAUUAUUAUUGUAAAAUCUAAAUUUCAACGCUACUCGAAUGGCUUCAAGUUGCUGAAAAGCAGAUUUUGAAUUUUUUCUUUUUUCUUUUUCCCCUCUAUGACUCAGUUUCAAAAAAAAGAAGACCUCGAAAAAAGGGCGACAAAAGUGAUUUGGAUACGAAUUUGAGCGCCUUGGGCAAUAAAAGCAGCGAGGAACACGGUGUAAACGCGAAGGAAUGAAAACUUGGUUACACGCCUUUUUGGUUCCCUUUCGUCAGAUUUCUCACGAUUUUUCAGAAAAUUUCAUUUUUCCAAAUAUGAAUUGUCAUGACUUCUGAUCGCCUAGGAAAAUGGGCUUUAAAAAAUUUUUUGAAAAAAUGUUUUUCGAUUUUCAAUAAUCGCAUCCAAGCCGACUUAUUGGUUUCUCAGAAAAAGAGUCUUUGAAGAAAAGCUGUAUGUUUGCACACGUUGUGUGGUCUUUUCCUUGAAAGUCGGGUCAGAUCGUGUUUAUUCUGGUUUUUGGAGGCUUUUUGAAAGUUUUUCUCCAGUUUUUGAGCUGAAAAAGAGGUUAUCAACAAAUUUAUUCUUAUUUGUCAGAUUUCACUUUUUAAAUCGGCUAGACUUGUUUGUAAUUAGGGGAAACUACAAUUGAAAGUACAUUGUUUGAAAUGGGAUGAAAGUAUGAAAAACAUGGCAAUUAGAGAUGUGAAAAAGUCGUUUUGUACUGGUUUCACAGAAAAAUAGUUUUGAAUUCAAGUUUUCCAAGGUUUCUGAUUUGAGAUUGAGCGGCUAACUUGGGUUUUUCAUAUAAGAGUAGAUAAAGGUUAGGUAGAGAAUUGGAGCUCCAAAUAAAAGUCAGAGCAGUAAAACUUGAAGUAGCAAGGUAAAGGAAGAGUCUGAAAGAUUUACGAAGCGUAAAUAGUCAAACUAAGACGGUGUUUCGAGGAAAUGAAGUUUCCUACUUUGUCGAAUUUUUUUGGAUUUGUAAAAGUCUCUAAUCUCCAACGGUUGGAGAGAGGUUGAGAAAGUUCAGAAAAAUUAACCGUUGGGCGACCUACCAAAGUUUGUCAGAGUCUUGUUGAUUUCUCAGAUGUCUGAGUUGAUAGAAUGAGCCUAUUGGAAAAUUGGAAUGUACAGGGUGACAAGUAAAUAUUGAAACGCGUUUGAAACGUUAUAACUUUCUCAAAAAGUCAACCAAACAUCACCAAACUUGGAACAAAUUUUAUUCAUACAAUGUAGAAACAAAAUUCAAGAAUAGUUUUCAAAACGUCCUCCUUUAGCUUUGAUAACGGCCUUCAGUCUCUUCGGAUACGCAUCGAUCACGGCACGAGGGUAGUCGUCGUCGAUUUCGUCCCAUUUCUUGAUGAGCGCGGUCUUCAGAGCUUUGAUACUUGGGUAGUUCUUAGAAGAGACCUUCUCGGUCAGAUAUAUCCACACGGCAUAGUCCAUCGGGUUGAGGUCGGGCGAGGAAGCAGGCCAAUCAGCAGCCGAGAUGAACUCGGAAAAUUGGCGCGACACCACUCUUGAGUCCCUUUGGCACGAUGAGCGGGGGCGCCGUUUUGCUGGAAGGUCCAUGGUCGGUUUCCGUAGUGAGAAUUGGCUCAUGGCAACACCCUCAACUUUAAAAUCUACUCCCUGUAGUAUACUUGGUUCACUUUGACUCCAGGAUCCACAAAAACCAGCGGAGUUUUGCCGUCAGCGGUAAUUCCGGCAAAAACCAUCACGGAAGCCGGAUGCGAAGUUUUAUUCAGAAUUUUUUCUUUUUCACAGGCACUCUGAUAGUCAGUAGCGAUGAUCGGAUGGUUUUGGCCGUUCUUGUUCGUCUCCACAGUUAAGAUUUUCUCGUCGGUAAACAGCGUCGUCAGAUGCGAGCCAUCUUUCGUGCCAGCGAGCAGCUUUCAAGCCUUUUUCAUCCGGAAUGUCUUGUUUUUUUGACUGAGGAAGGCUCCUUUCUGCAUACGGUAGGGAAUCAUCUUCAGCUUGUCCUUGACAAUAGUUCUCAUCGAUUCUCGACUCAUUUCGUAUUCUUUUGCCAUCUUUCUCACGCUUCUUCCGGAGUGCGUCUGAUUUUUCUCUCGAACGGCUUUGACUGCUUCUGGAGUCGUGACGGUGACUGGACGUCCACUUCUUUUGCAUUUCAUCUGAAGCACCGAGACGCCGAUAACGUUGUGCAGUUCGAAAAAAACGAGAACACGAGACACUUUCAGCUUUUUUUAACGAUCUCUGAAUUCGUCAUUCCGCUUUUGACACAAUCAAUGAUUGCGGUACGGUACGGAGAUGGGGGCCACCAUUACCUGAAAACUGAAAAAAGUAUGAGCUGUGACUUCAAACACAUGAUAAGUGAGCAUGAAUGAACGAAAUAAACAAAAAAAUUCAAAGGCCAGUCCUUUGUGCAAAAAGCAGCGAUCAAACAAAAAACGGUUUCAAUAUUUACUUGUCACCCUGUAUGCUUGUAUUCUGGGGUUGGACACGUUGGUAAAUUUGGAAUGUGGAAUAAAACCCUAACCGAACCAAUUGGAAACGGUUAGGAAAAAGCUUCUAACCUAACCUAUCGAGAACUUUCAACAAGUAAUGGUCGACAUGCUUCACCUGGAUGUUUUAUAGUUGGACUCGUUUCUGAAGUCUGAAGAUAGAAAAAACAAUUAUAGCUUAACCGAUUGGAAGCUUUUCGAGGAAUAGUGACCUUCUAGUGCUCUUUGGUUGACUCAUUGCGGAAGUUGCAAGGUACAAGAAAUUCCCAACCUAACCAAUUGGAAACGGUUGGCGGCGACGGUGGGUGAGGCCAAACCCGCCACUUGAAACCCGACCGACGGACGAACCAACACAAUGAUUGCCACUCGACGAUGUGUUCGCGUGUGUUUUUUCCUUGCUUGUGUUGUCUUUUCUUGUUCUUUUCUCGGGUUUUGGGUUGUUCCUUUCAUUUCAGGCGCACUUUUUUUGCGUUUUUGGUUACCGCCUUGAGAAGUUUCAUUGGAGAUAUAGUGGACUUUUUCCCUGGGUCGGGCUUUUUUUCAUCUCACUUAAUGAUAGGAAGAAGAUAAAAAAACAUAUGGACGGCUAAAAUAUUUUUCGAAAAAAAGUGGAUGAAGUUUCUAGAGAAUGGGUUAAGGGAUGUUCUAUACUGUAUUUUUUAAAAAUCUCUUUUUUUGGACCUAAAAGGCGGUCAUUUUAGUUUCCGGUUUUCGGUUAAGAUUCUUUUAAACACCGGCCCUAAGGUUUGUUGAUGUAACAAAUGAAGAUAAUGAAAGUCUCAAUCUGGGAAUAUUCCUGGUUGUCGAGAAAUAAUCCCUCAAGUUUGAAGAAAAUCAUCAAAUUUCAGUGAAACGGGUCAUGACUUUAAGAAGAAUUCUGGCGAUUUCUCAGAAAUAAUCGAACAUCAAAAUGAGACCACCUUGUUUGUCAGUAGCAUGACAGUAGCUCCCAAUUUUCUAAUUUUACGCAAGUUUUGAAUGAAGUCUCAAGAAGAGAUCAAGAAAGUAAUGGGAGAGGUCUUCUUACGUUGCUCAACGGGGAAAGGUGUAAAGAUGCCGGAUGAUGUGGCGGAUUAGCUCUACAGUAUCUAGGUGACGCGAAAACCUCGAGAUGAUGUCUUUAGUUACUCUCAACGGCUGACCUUCCAUUUUUGUAGAAGUUUUACGGCUAAGACGUAGUCUUUUUACUUGAAAUUCUGUGAUUUGGUAAAAGCUUGACUGUUUUUUCAGGUCAAUACUCUAAAUUUUAUUAGUGACUGAUGUUACUGCAUCAAUAAAAAUUAAUAUACGUCACUAAACGCAUUCGCGAAUCUUCAAACUAUAGAAGAAAAUAUAAACGGUAGGAGGGUUAACGCUUUUUCAAAGCUUGUGACGGAAAUUUGAGCUUCUUAGCGGUGAUCAGCGAAAAGAAUAGUCCUUUACAGAAAUUGAUCCAGAGACCGUCUUAUCGUUAGAAAUAAGUAAUAACGGCUGAGCUACGAUAAUCUUGUUGUUUUUUUCAUUUGAAGAUCAUCAGAAGUGUCAACCUCGCAUUGUGAAGUUGUUAACCUAGACUUUAGCUUCUAUUCGUUGAUUGAUGUUUUUGGAGCUUUUAAUGGUCACUAUAGAGAUCUUAAUGAAUUGUUAACUUCGAAGGUAUCUAAGUAGCCGUUGUAGAGGUCAGGGGACUCUAAAAUUUUUAUGGAGCUUAUAGCGGUCAUUUUAAAGGGCUGAAAGGAUUUCUCAAGCUUUCAGAGCUUUUAGUGGUUACUGAAGCGGUCUGAACUACAAGAAAAGUAAAUAUCGACACUUUUUUCGAAUCUUUCUUCAAAGUGCCGACUUUUUUUUCGGAUUUUAUGACCAAGAAGUGCCACUCAAUCCGUCGUAAAAACCUGGACCCAAAAGAUGUAAACGUUGAAUGCACUCCCAAGGAACUUCUUUCUUUCUAUUUCACAUUUUUCUGCUUCCUUUCCGCCGCUCGGGCCAUUGGAGCUCGCCUUUGCAAAAUAAUUGUGUGCAUGCCAUAUGUUGACCUGCGACACGACCAUUGCGUCGUCUAGUGUCGUGUCGCCGCUACUUGGCCUCCCUCUUUAUUCAACUGACUUGCAAUUUAUCUAUGCUUCAAUCUCAACAAGUUUCAGGUCAUUUUUAGGCGUUUUUCAGAGAUUGUUUAUCAUUUUUUGGAUUGAAUGAGUUUUUUUUUUUGGUGAAAUUGGGCUGUUUUAUAGAUUUUUCGACUAAUUUCGAGUCUUCUUAAGGUAGGAGAAGACUUCUAGUUUUGGAAUAUAAGUUAGAUACUUAAAGGAACUUCAGUACUUCUAGUCGACCUUUUUUGAUUUUCGGCUUGUUUUCUUGGCCUGUCUCUUUAAUCACUUGAAUUUCAAUUUGAAUAUGAUUUUUAAACCCAAAAAGUUUGAUGGGGACUUGUAACUUUGGAAUGGAAGUUAGGUAGUUAAAGGAACUAUAUAUUGAAUUUUAAUUUUCAAUAUUAGUCGAGUUCAUCUUGUAAAUUAUUUUCGUCACAUUACUCUUAAUUAAAAUUAUUUGCAAUUUAUCCAUGUCAGUUUCAAACCGUUUUCGCUGAUUUUAUGUGAUUGAGGGUCAAUUUUAGAUCUCAUUAUGGGUUUGUGAGAAAGGAAUAACUAUUUAAAUAUGAUUUAUAUUUGUACAAAGCUUUCCGUGAUUUUUGAAUUUUUCCUCUCAGUCGCCUCAGAGUUUCUUAAAUUUCGGACCAAUAUUUUUGAAGCUCUUUGUGUUUUUCUUCAACUUUAUUGUUUUCAAGCUGAGUGGACUUUGUAAUGUCUAUUCAAAUCUUUUAAUCCGUGAGAUAUGACUGGAAAAAAGAUAUUAAGAUUUUAUUCCAAUUUUGCACUUCGAUAAAAUUAAACUCAAUGUAAAUUUCAGGCUACCCUCCGGGUCAGAUGCAAGCUGGCGGACCGCCUCCAGGAACGCCGACGAACCUUCCUCCAGGCGCACCACCGCCGCCGUUCGCCGCAGGACCCCCGCAAGGAGCCGGAGGACAGCAGCCGCCUCAGCGACCCACUCCCGGCACUCCUGGAGGCAACGCGGCGCAAGCUGGCCCCGGUCCGUCACGGCCCCAAUAUCCAGCCGGAGUGAAUGGACCACCGCCAGCCGGCUAUCCCUAUCCGGGCGGAGCCCCUCCGCAGCCUGGCCCGCCGCCAGGACAGCCUCCGCAGUUCCACGCAGGACCGCCGCAGUACCCGCCGCAGAUGUACGCAAGACCUGGGGUAGUUUCAAAGAACUUUAUGAAUAAUAUCGGAGCAUUUCUCAGCAGCCACAAAUGCGACAGUACAUUUCACCGCAAGCUCAAGCCGCCAUGGGACCUGCUGGACAGGGUCAGUUUUUUUUUUAUUGGUUUUUUGACAGUUUGAACACCGGACCAUGGAGAUGGAUCGAUUACAACUAG